ACUACAGGUUUCUUUCAGUUGUGUUGCACAGCCGACUGCUUAUGUUGCUGCCAUCGCUCGCCGAGUAUUGAGCUACCAGCUGACCUACUUUCUCUGCUCUCAGCCACUCGGUCCUGUUUACAAGCCACUGCCAGCGGAGGAUGUGGAGUACAGUGCCUGGAAAAUACACGGACAUAGUCUGCAACUAGCAAGAGACCAGGAAAGGGAGAUUUUAUUGUGCGUUGUUGACAAAUCAGCCCGGCGUAAACUACCGACAGCUCACCUUCGGUUAUUAACUUCGGUGUUGUUAUGCAAUUUAACGCUUUCAGUGCUCGGUUUGUCACACGCUGCUAGUUGUGCUUACUUGCUAUGUUGUAGUUUAAAAAAAUGUCUCACUCGAUAAAAGUAAAGUGUGGAUCUUUAUUUCUGUUGGAGACCCGGUGCCAAGGUUUUGACGUUUCAUUGGUGAAUUCGAGGAGGCGGUGGGCAGCUGGACCCCGAUAGGUUUUUCCAAAAGAGUGCUCAGACGAGGUCAGCGCGGAUGGGACAUAUAAGAAUUCAGAAAGGGCCUGGCUGGGAAAGGGAGUGAGUAUGGACAACCUUUCUGACUUCGGUGGCCCCUGUCCAUCCUCCCGCACAGAAUGGGACACCAACAGCUGCGUGGAUGAUUUAAUGGAUGAGGAUGAAAAAGACAGAGCAAAAAGGGCAUCUCGUAACAAAUCGGAAAAGAAAAGAAGAGACCAAUUCAAUGUGCUCAUCAAGGAGCUAUGCACCAUGCUGCAGGGUCAGGGCCACCCGCGCAAGAUGGAUAAGUCUACCAUACUGCAGAGAACUAUUGACUUCUUGCAGAAACAGAAAGACAUCACUGCACAGAACGACACUUGUGAUGUGAGACAGGACUGGAAGCCUUCAUUCCUCAGUAAUGAGGAGUUCACUCAGCUAAUGCUGGAGGCCUUAGAUGGUUUCUUGGUGGCUUUAACGACGGAUGGAAACAUCAUAUAUGUUUCUGACAGUGUGUCUUCACUUAUUGGCCAUUUACCCUCAGAUAUGGUGGACCAAAAUAUCUUGAAUUUCCUCCCGGAGCGGGAACAUGGCGAGGUGUAUAAGCUGCUAUCAUCCCACAUGCUGAUGACUGACCCCAUUGCUGCUGACUUCCUGGACAGUGAGGCACAUAUUGAAUUUUGCUGUCAUCUAGCCAGAGGUAACAUUGACCCAAAGGAGCCUCCUGUUUAUGAGUAUGUCAAGUUCGUUGGAGAUUUCAAGUUUCAUAACAAUGUGCCUACAUCUUCUUGUAACGGACUUGAAUUGACGUUACCAAGAAGCCUGCAGUCGUCGCUGGAGGAGCAGGUCUGCCUCAUUGCUACUGUACGAUUAGUCACUCCACAGUUUCUAAAGGAUUUGUGUAAUGUGGAAGAUCCUUGCGAUGAAUUCACAUCCAGACACAGCCUUGAAUGGAAGUUCCUGUUUUUAGAUCACAGAGCUUCCCCAAUCAUCGGCUAUUUACCCUUUGAGGUUCUUGGAACUUCCGGCUAUGAUUACUAUCAUGUGGAUGACUUGGAGCUUAUAGCUCAGUGUCACAAGCAGUUGAUGCAGUUUGGAAAGGGGAAAUCCUGCUACUAUCGCUUCCUGACCAAAGGUCAGCAGUGGAUUUGGUUGCAGACUCACUACUACAUCACGUACCACCAGUGGAACUCCAAACCUGAGUUCAUUGUCUGUACUCACACUGUUGUCAGUUAUGCCGAAGUGCGAGCUGAAAGAAGGAGAGCGUUCGGCUUUGAAGAACUGUCUCCGCCUGAGAUUGCUCCUUCCUCAGUGAAGGCUCAGGAGCUGUACUUGGACAUCUGCUCCACACUGGACCCUCCACGGGACAGAAACAGCGGCGCACGUUCGGUAUCCUCCCACAGCUCCCGGAAGUCCUCCCACACAGCGCUGUCAGACUCUGCAUCAGCUAACUCCUACACAGAGGCCUGCACACCGUCAUGGCAGUCUGCCUCCAUCGGGACGGAGAAGACGUCUACCAGACUCCAGCCUAGUAGUUCAAAGAAUUUGGCACAAAGACAGAAUUCCUUUGACCUCGUUCCCCAAAUGAGCCUCCCCCUUUCUCCUACCUGCAGCAAGCACUCCACAAUGCAACAGCAAACAAAUCAGCAGCAGCAGCAGCAGCAGCCGUCGUCGUCAUCCAUGUAUGAGCUGCAGCAGCCUCAGCUCUGUGUAAUGAACCAGCUGAAGGAGCAGCUGGAGGAGAGGACGCGCAUUCUGCAAGCUGACAUUAAGACGCAGCAGCAGGAGCUCCACGACAUUAAGGAGAAGCUUCACCUCGCUAAUCUCCAGAUGUUGUUACAGCAGCCUGUCCACAAUGACUUUGGUCCGGCCCAGCAGCAGUCCCAGCAGCAGGGCACAGGCAGGCCGGCCCACCAGGGUCAAUCCGGGGUGAUCAGGCAGCAUGCGGGUCACCCUAAAUCAGCAUCCUGUGGGCCCCACGGUUCAUCCCCUCACUCCCUCAUGAGAGAGAGCAGCUCGCCCUCCUCACAGGUCCAACAAAGGAUUUCUCGGAGUGGGCAAUCACAGUCGGUGAGCGUCCCUGUCCAGACGAACACAAGCGUAACGAUGCCCUUCUACAGCAACCCCAUGAUGUUCUCUCAGACCAACACCAGGUCUCUACAGGACGCAAACCAAAGACAGACGGACAGCGAGUUCAACCAAGAUGGACAACUACGCAUGCUCCUCAACCAGCCGAUGCAGACGCUGGUUCCCACUAGCAGUGUCACCUCGCAGCCUUCCCAGUGCAACAUGGGUCUCUCCCAAACCAUUUCCCCGAUGUGUCCCCCCCGCAGAUACACCCUGGAGCAGCAGAUCAUCACCCCGUCAUUCUCCAUGCAACAGGUCAAUUGUAACGCCGUCCUCGUGCCCUCCCCGGUCUUCACUUCGCCCAUAAUGAUCCCUCACAACAGCUUCAUCUCAAACCAGUCCCAGUCGGCCUACCACACUCAGCAACAGGCUUCCCAGCACUCCCUGCAGCUACAGCAGCCCCAGCAGUUCUUUCAGAUGGCUCAAGGACUGGUUCAUGGUGGAUCGACUCCAGCAUUUUUACACACCGCUAACGUCCCACAGCAAGGCACUGUGGGAUACAUCCAGCAACAGCCGCAAACACAGCAAGUGCCGCAAGCACAACAGCAACAGGCACAACAGCAACAAAGGCAAUACCAACAUUCCCAAAACCAGACUGGCAGUGUUUCAGACUUCAGGAAUAUGCUGACUCGGUAGCGCUGUGGACUGUGAGAGCCUGGAGAUCUCUCUCUGUUGUUUCUGUGUGGCGGCAGAGGUGGCAGCACGUUGAGGCAUUUUGGAAUCAAACUUGAUGUCAAGUUCAGCAGUGGGAAUGCUCAAGAGGGGAGUAUAGCUUCUAGUGACCUUACUUUUUAAUGUGAACCUGCCCAUGCAGAAGAGGCCGAGGCUGAAAACCACGAGCAGAGGCUGCAGGACCCCGAGGACAGUGUGAGGGCCAGGCCUUCGUUCACCGGGCCCCAACACACUGAGACGUCAGUGGUCGGAGCUGCAGGAUCGAGUGGAUUAUCAAAGCUCUCGAGAAGACGCUACUUUUCACCUAAUGGAGAGAUUUUAAGUGUCUGUUUGCACUUUAAUACCGCCCCCUACCUAAAAGUACAAUAUUUAUUUUUGCCCAUAAAGUAACAUUAUGUUUUCUUCAUAACGAAUGGCAACAGUGAGAUUAUUUUUCAAACCUACAGUCUGAGACAUCCCCAGUGACAUCCAAUCACCUGACUUUUUAGCUCCAGUGGAACUGGCUCCUCUCAUGAAGGGAUUUAUGCACCUGAGAACUCAAUCACAUCCACGUUCAUUUGAAUCUGCAGCUUGCAUUUUGUCACUGAAUCAAUGGUUUGUUUGUUUGUUGGUGUUCUUCAUGGAAAGUCACUUGAGAGGGGCAUGCAUUGGUGAGAUGACCACCACUUUUAAAUUCAGAUUAAUUAAGAAUUUAAAAUGUCACAUGCAACAGUGGGAAGCUGCGGGGAGGAGGUCAUCUUUGGCAGUCGUUUGAAAAGGUCUAUCUAGAUUUUUAAAGCCUCAAUCUGGGACUGAAGGAGCAAAGCUCUGAAGUCCUGCUUUCAGGUGCUCAUGAUGAGCUCUGUGUGAAUCUUAAAGAGAUGAACAGAGGGGCGAAUAUUUGUGCCUUUAACCGUGGUUUGUACACGGUGCGCAGUUUGAUGGUUCUGUCUGAUUACGGCUUUAAAAAUCCAGCUCAGGUCCAUUUGGAAUACAAAGUUCUAUUUUCAUAGGUCAUAAUUUAUUCUUUUCAGCCUCAGAUUUAAACAAAAGACAUCUAGAUUUGUAAUGAAUUAAUUACAAAUAUUUAUUGGAUGCUUUUUGCAACCUUUACAUCAGUAACUUCUGUAAUAACAGUAACAAGAUUUGAACAUUUGCAGUAACCCUUACUAAAUCAUUUCAUGUUUAUUUAUUUUAUGAUAGAUAUAUAAAAAGACAGAUAUAUGGGAUUAAGAGACUAGUUUUAUAUACAAUAAAAAUAUUUUAUCCCUUCACAAAGGCUUACUCAUCUCAACUCACUUGGGUUCAAGGUUUAAUGGGAGCACUUGUUUUUUCAAAGGUGCAGUUCACCACCACUGAUGAUAGUUUCAGCCUCACCAGAAUACCAAAAGGUGAUUCAUAAGUGGAAAAAAGAUUUCACUGCCUGAGUAUUUCUCACCAGUGUUUUCUUUCUUUAUCUGAAAUGAUCUGUUUGAUUCUCUAAGCAGUCAUGACCAAGUGACAAGCUCACUGCUCCCCACUAUGAAUGUCAUCUCAUUGUAAAGGGAGAUAAAAGUGCAAAUUAUAUUUUUGAUUCCCCACUACUUUAGUUUGAAAAAACAUUCAGCUGUUUAGCUAAAGAGAAGUUAAUAUUUAAAAUGUUAAACUCUCCCAUUUUGAGUUGUUACAAUCUUUUAUUUCUCCCUGAUGAAACUAUUUAAUGACAAUCUUUAAACUCCAUCACAUUGUUUUGAAGAGGUGCUGCUGUAAGUUGGCUUGGUGAAGCAAAGGUUGCUGGGAAAUGUAAAUGUAAUCAGCUCCUGCCUCUACACUCUUGUUUAAAAGUGAUGAUAAAAACAAGCAGACGGUAACACGUCACAGCUGUACUGGUGCAUCUUUGAACAGUGUUGUCGGCACUAUGAUGAGGCCUGACUGUUGCAGUGUAUUGUGGGAGUUUAAUGGUAUCCAGGAGGAAAAGCACUUUUAAGAAACACUAUAUGAAUACACACAAACAUCCCUCCUUUCUUAAUGACAAUCAGACAACUUGUGACUGUCUAGAAACUGUGCCAGAGACGGACUCUAUAAUCUCUUAUUUGAUGUUGAGGUUGUUUCCCCAGAUAGCUGAGCAAGAGAAACUGUUUCUUGAAACUGUCACUGUGGAACUCGUGCUACAUUUUAUAAAAAAAAAAAAAGCCACGUCAGCUGUUCACGGACACAUCAGCUCCGUCACAGCCCCCUCUUUGAGACUGGUGCUGCUCACGGUGGACGAUGAAACCCUUGCUUUCAGAAAAAAACUUUCAACAUGAACGUUCAGUGCCGUUUUACACUUUCCUAUGUGCAAUGUCGAUUUGAAAAAGAAGAAUGUUAAUUUAUACAGUUUUAAAUGUUUCAGAACAGAUGUACGAUGUAUAUAGAGGUGUAUAAUAAGCCAUUGUACCAUGUAAAUUAUAUGGAAGUAUUUUUUUAAAUGAAAAUGUCCUAACAUUCCUUCAGACGUUGAUAUCAGCAGUAUCUUUUUCUAGGGUACAACCAGUGAUUUCAAAGAUUUCACAGGACUUUGUCUGCAUUUCUGAAACAUGCUAAACACGGGAACUCUGUUGUGAAAGACUCAUACAUUCACCUUGAUCAUGAAAAAAAAAGAUUAAAUGAAGAAUUUUAAUCCUUAUGUCCUUGUCGAGCAGAAUUUCAGAUGCAUAAAAGCUCAAAUGUGGGUGUGGUCGCUGCUAGAUGAGUCCAGUCUGUUCUUUUUUCAGUUUGAUGGGUUGUAGGUUUUAAUAAAAAGUGCAAUUGUACAUCAUCAUCACUAUAUAUAUAUAUAUAUUUUUAGACAGCUGAAGGAAAAGUCAGUUUCCUUUCAUGUAUUCCUCCACAUCUACGCUCUGUAUAGCAGCAGUGAAGUCGGAUCAGUUCAGCCAGCAACUCAGAGGUGCCAUAGAUGACUAUAUUUUUUACUGUUAUUCAUGACUUUAUAGAAGAAAUCAGAAUGAUUCAUCAAACCUCUCAGUUAGUUGCAGUAAAGCUUUCCAUUAAGAAUUAUUUUCAUCAAAACUCGCAUUAGAUCUGUCCAUGUUUGUCUACACAACCUGCUAUCACUCUGUUAUUUUGCCUUGAAAAGGUGGUUGAGGGAGAUUCUGCUUAUUAAACUCUUGUUGAGCUUG